CUACAUCUUUACAGUCAGAUAAAAACACUAAUUGGAGGCCGGUUAUGCGCGUAAAAGAGGAUUUCCAAAACGCACGCGUUUCGGGUUUUUUUUCUUUCUUUUAAUUGCUGCGUUUAAUCGAGCUCAUCCCGCACUUUCCACGGACCGCAAAAAUAACCCACGGAGAGUGAAAUUACUGAGCAUCUAACGGGGGGGUUGACAAACUGCUUUCUUUCUCUUUUAACGAAGAAUAAGUUAAUGAAGGGAUGCAGGACUUUAUUGGUGCCCACAAGGCAGGUGUCCCUGAAAGCGCCAUGGACCGACUUGGAUACAGUGAGAGCCCCCUUUUAAAGAGCAGGAGGAUCCAUUUCCAUCAGAUGGCUGGAAGCGCUGUCCGUGGUGAGUGAGGAUCAGCCCAUAUUCGAGCCGACCUACACCGCAGCCCCGGCCAUGCACAUGAAGACUGAGAUGACGUCACCCGGUGCGUUUAGCCAGGCCUCCAAGCCGAGUCCCGAGGCCACUGAGCCAGAGUGGGUGGGGUCAGCGGCGCAAAAUCCUGGGAAAAGAGCAGAGCACGUCAAUGGAACCAGCCGCGAGUCCCCUGUGGACUGCAGUGUCACCAAGCGCUCCAGACACAUGAGCAGUGACGGGGCCCCAAUGUCAUACCCGGCCUCAUUCCCGGAGCCUCGUGUCAGCCCCCAGACGGCCACUCCACCCAGCAGCGCCACAGAGGAGAAGAGGGUCAUCGUGCCGGCAGACCCUGAGGUGUGGACACAGGACCAUGUGCGGCAGUGGCUGGACUGGGCCAUCAAGGAGUACGUCCUGGAGGAGGUGGACGUCAUGCUUUUCCAAGCGCUGGAUGGCAAGGCCCUGUGCAAGAUGACCAAGGAGGACAUGAUGCGUCUCACGUCGGCGUACAACGCAGACAUCCUGCUCUCACACCUCAGUUACCUCCGACAGAGUAGCCCUACGUUCUCAUACUCCACAACUCCCACCAACAACACACCACCACAACAACCCAGACUACAGGUGAAAGCAGAGAGCAAUUUUGAUGAGAUCAGCCGCAGGAACAGCUGGCCGACAAACACCAUGGCUCCAGUGCCAAAAGGUCCCUCCAUGGAGCACCAACACAACACAAGAGUUACCGAGCCUGCUCCAAGAAUUGUUCAAGACCCAUAUCAGACAUUAGGGCCCAUAAGCAGUCGACUAGCCAACCCAGAAGGCCAAGCCCUCAGCUCAUCCAAGAACCGAACAGGCAAACAAAGUCCAUACAAGCUGCCUGACCCCAGCGCUCACAGGCCUGUGGGUUCGGGGCAGAUCCAGCUGUGGCAGUUCCUGCUUGAGCUGUUGUCUGACAGCAACAAUGCCAACAUUAUCACCUGGGAGGGCACCAACGGCGAGUUCAAGAUGACCGACCCGGACGAGGUGGCCAAGCGCUGGGGUGAGCGCAAGAGCAAGCCCAACAUGAACUACGACAAGUUGAGCCGCGCUCUGCGCUACUACUAUGACAAGAACAUCAUGACAAAGGUGCACGGCAAGCGCUACGCCUACAAAUUUGACUUCCAAGGCAUCUCACAGGCACACCAGAAUCACUCAGCGGAAGGGGGGAUUGUUAAGUACCAGACUGAGAUGUCUUACGGCCAGGCCUACCACAGCCACCAGCCCAAAAUGAACUUCAUGGGUGGUCAUCCUGCACCCAUGCCCGUGUCCCCAGGCAACUAUUUCAGCCCUCCAUCCACGUACUGGAACUCCCCCAACAGCCCCAUCUAUCCUGGGUCAGCCAUGACGAGACAUCCCGGCACUCACUCCCACCUGAGCUCGUACUACUGAGGACGAUGCAUUUCACACCUGAAUGGAUAACACGGGAGAGGAACCCAAAUGUGCUAGAAAACACAUGCACACUCCAUCCAGGAUGCACCUGAGCUGAACCCUGUCUGAAAUGAAGGUGAUAUGACGCUACGGUCUGUUUUCAUAAGGGCAUUAUGAUGUUGUCUGUUGUCACAUUCCUUCAAAAAAAAUGGACAAUGUGUGAGGGGAAAUUAACUCUGUGAUGAAUGGAAAGGAUUGGUAUUAUACUCUUCCCAAGAUUUUCAUAAGAAUACUGAUGACAAAAUGUAUUAACGGUUAUUCAGAUGUUAUGAAACCAAGUUUAUUUUGUAAGUACUUUGUUUGAUAGUACCUUUUGUAAAGACCAUACUCAAGACCAGGCUCACCAUAGCAUUUACUGUUUUGAGUAGGUUAACAGUUUUGUAACUGUUCAUUUUACUUCAUAGGUCAAAACUGCAGUUAUCACAUUCAAUGACCUGACAUUUGUAAAACAGAAAUUGUACAGAAUGACUGUCAUGUAGCAAUAUAACAUUUACUCAAGGUGUAAAGCUAAUAAAUGAUGCUUGUAUCUGAAAA